ACCCCCACCGGCGUCAAGUAUCUGCACGAGGCCGCCCACCACUACGACAUUGGCGUCUACUUUGAGGCCAACGGACACGGCACGGUGCUGUUCAGCAAGCCGCUGCUGGCACGGCUGGAGCAGGUGGGGAGAGAGGCCAGGCAGGGCCGCGCCGCCGCCGACCUGCUGGCGCUCAGCGUGGUCAUCAACCAGGCAGUGGGCGACGCGCUGAGCGGCAUCCUGCUGGUGGAGGCGGCGCUGAGGCGCAAGGGCUGGGGCCUGGACCGCUGGGCGGCGCUGUACGCAGACCUGCCCUCCCGCCAGCUCAAGGUCAGCGUGGCAGACCGCAGCGGUCUUCAGACCACGGAUGCAGAGACGCGGGUGGCGCAGCCCGCCGGCCUGCAGGCUGCCAUCGAUGGCGCGGUGGCGGGGGUGCCCAGCGGCCGCUCCUUUGUGCGCCCCUCGGGCACAGAGGAUGUGGUGCGGGUGUAUGCCGAGGCGGAGAGCCAGGCGGCGGCGGAUGAGCUGGCGGCGGCGGUGGCGCGCCUCGUGCACGCGCAGGCCGGCGGCGUGGGGCCGGCGCCCUAG